GAACACCAUCCUGUCUUGGCAUCUGGCCAUUGGUUGCUAAGCUGCUAAUAGCUUUUUUGUAUUAGAAGUAGUUCAACCACCACAUUCUUGGAGAAAAAAAUAAAAAUACAUUCUUUGGCUCAAUUUUCAUCCACUCUCCCUCUCAAAAUACAGUGACACUUUGAGGAAGAGAGAGGGAGAAAUGGUGAUGUGGGUAUUUGGAUAUGGAUCUCUUAUUUGGAAACCUGGCUUUAACUAUGAUGAUCGCCUUUUCGGUUUCAUCAAAGGUUAUCGUCGUGUCUUUUAUCAAGGGAGUACUGAUCACAGAGGGACACCAGAAUUCCCAGGUAGAACUGCUACAUUGGAGCCUGCUGAAGGAGAAGUUUGUUGGGGUAUGGCCUACAAGAUAACGAAGAAGGAAGAUCAAGAAGUUGCACUGACAUACCUUGAAGUCAGGGAAAAACAAUAUGACCAGAAGGCUUAUGUAGAUCUUUUCACUGAGCCUGCAGCAUCAGCGCCAGCUGUUUCUGGUGUACUAGUAUACAUAGGGUCUCCGGACAAGAAGGUUAACGAGAACUACCUGGGACCUGCAUCAGUUGAAGAAAUUGCUAGUCAAAUUGCUCGUGCAGAGGGCCCCUCAGGACCCAACAGAGAUUACCUUUUCCAACUUGAAAAAGCCCUUGGCCUCUUAGGAUGUGAAGAUAAACAUGUCAGUGACAUAGCAAAGGAAGUUAGGCGCAUUCUUUCAGAAGAGUAGGUAACCAUCUCAUGAUCUUGAAGGUACCUGGAGCAUUAUCUAAAUUUCAGUUCUUCAAGAUGUUGAGGAAUCUUUUUUACUAUGUCUAGACACUUCAAAGUGCAUGAUAUAGGGGAAAAGUAAUUGCUUUUCCAUAUCCAAGUUCCUUUAGAUUUCUUGCAUUCGAGGAUAAUAAUACACUAUUGGCUUACA